UCUCUUACCCCUUACAGCAUCCUGCUCCCUGCCUGGCUUCCAGAGGGGCGCUGGCAGCUCUGAGGAUGUCCUUGGAAAGGGACCUUCCCUCGGUAAGGGAAGGGAACCUUGGAGGCUGAGGCUGCAGGCUUGGAAUUCACAGCUCUGGGUCCACUGGAGAACAAGGAUGAGGAAGAUGCCCCACCUUCCGUAUCCCCUUUCAAAACUAGCCUUGCCUCCACCAGUGGGAAUCCACACAGGAUUAGGAGUCUGGAUUAAACACCCUUGGUAUACCGUAGGGCACUGAGGCCCACAGAGGAGAAGGGUCCUGCCUCUGUCACCAAUGAUGCACAAGAGUCCAGAAAAAGUCCCUAAUUUUAAGGUCCUGAGGACCUGCACUCUGACCCUGACAGCUGGGCUUGUAGGAGGUACCAGGAAGGAUCCUUGGUGAUGAGCCGGGAGGUGACACUUAUCGGGACACUGCAGAAGUUCUGGGACCACGAGAGGAAGCAGGGGCUAAUGGAUGUGAGCCUCUGUGAGUGGAGAGAUAGCUAAGGUGGUCUCCUGGGCAGGGGACACAUCCCAAGCCGGGAAUGAGGGUAAAGCACAAAGUACACAGUGUUCUCUGUCUCCCACCUCCCUCUCCAUCUCUGACCUUGUCCCCCACCACUCCGUCCUUGUCUCCUUGUCUGUGUCUCCCUCCCUCUCCCACCCACUCCCCAUCUAUCCUUUCCUAUAGCUGUUCCUCCCUAGCAGGCCCUGUCCCCAGAACCUGGGUCUGGGGCCUCAUACCUGGAACAUUCCCUGAGCUAGGACAAGAUCCACCAUGGGCCUUAUGAAAAGAGAGGUACUGCUCUGAGACAACCCUCCCCCCAGCUCCCUGCCCCCCCCUGCCCCACACUGAGAGCACCAGGAACUCUCCUACUCUCCUGCUGCUAAUCACUCCCCCAGAAGACUCAGGGCCCUGAGACCCAUCACUGAAGUGAGAAGCCACAGUCCUUUGGGACCCUGAGGGUUUAGUGUCCUGCUCCAGAUGGACUGUGUGGGGAAGUCCCCUAAAGCCUCAUCCAGCACAGAACAGUGUCCUGGAGUCCUACUAGGCGCCAUCAGAGACCCUUGAGUGGGUGUGGUCAGUGCCUUGGAGCCCUCACACUAGUACACGAUGGAAAAGAAAGGGAAGUCCCUCCGCCUGUGGCCCCUUUGCCUGAAACUGGGGCCUCCCAGAUCACCCACGGAAGCCAGCCAGGAUGUUCUCCAUAUUCAACAUCUGGGGCACGUUCAACAGUGUACUCUUCUACCUCAGCCUCCUUGUCAGCCUGGCAGGGCUGGGGGGCAACGCUCUGCUGCUCUGGCACCUUGGUCUGCACAUCAAGAAGGGCCCCUUCAACAUCUACCUGCUGCACCUGGCCGCUGCCGACUUCCUCUUCCUCGCCUGCCAGGUGGGCUUCUCUAUUGCCGAGAUCGCCCUGGGCUACGAGGACACACUCCACUUCCCGAUCAUCUUCUUGUGGUUUGCUGUGGGGCUCUGGCUGCUGGCUGCCUUCGCUGUGGACUGCUGCCUCGCCUACAUGUUUCCCUCCUAUUGCAGCCCCAGCUGCCGCCCCAGGUACACCUCAGCCGUGCUCUGUCUCCUGAUCUGGGCACUGACCAUGCCGGCUGUGCUCCUGCCGGCCAAUGCCUGUGGACUGCUAUACAAGGGGAUGAGCUUCCUGGUCUGCCUCAGUUACCACUGGGCCAGUGUGGUCUGGCUCGUGGUGCUGGCGGUCAUGGCCUGUGGGGCGAGCAAGAUCCUCUUGAUCUGUGGGAACUGCUGCUCUGGGCAGCCACUCCCCAAGUUCUGCAAAGUGGCCCAGUGCUCCGGGAUCCUGCUGUUCUUCUGCCGCCUGCCCAUGGUGGUCUACUGGAGCCUGCGGCCGGUCAUAAAAUUCCUGCUCCCCUUCUUCUUGCCAUUGGCCACCCUCUUAGCCUGCAUCGACAGCAGCGCAAAGCCCCUCUUGUACUACAUGAAGGGCCGGCAGCUCAGGAAGAAGGAGCCGCUGCAGGUAGUUCUAAACAGGGCUUUAGGGGAGGAGUCCCCGUCAAGCCUUGGGGGACUAUCCCUGCCUAUGAGGCAAGUGUAGAGUGGCCGGCCAUCCUAUGCCCACCUGCCCUGCCCUCAUAGCUGCCAGGGGACACCCCCCCCCUAGUCUUGCUCAAACUCUUGCCAUGUUCCAGCUCUGCCCUCUCAUGAAGGGAACGAGGUCAGGUUGCAUGUUGAACAUGCAAAGGACAUGGUAAGGACAGGAACAGACAGAGGGGCAGGGGCAAAAGGAGGACCCCAGAGCUACAGUGAGGGCAUGUGUCCUGCAUCCUUCUGCCCCUGUGGCAGCCAACCCAAGAAAACUGCCCUUCAACCCCAGUGGGCCUGGCAGGGGGAGCUUUGCUUUGCCUCCUACGGUAGACGGGCCAGGUGACUGGAGGCUCAGCAUCAGCUCCUGGGGAGCAUUCGCUGCUCUUGGGGGCCACUGACCCUUCAGCUCUGUCCACAGAGGUCUUAUGUUGGAUGCAUCCACUACAAGGCUUCGUCUAAACUGCUGUUUCUCCCUCCCUCGUCCCAGCAUUCCCCACAAAACGUUCACAGUCCAGGUGGCUACUGCCUCCCGACUUCUCCAGCCUGGUGUCACUCGUGAUGGCCACAAGGUGGUGCUGUUUUACCACUAAACAGACGCAGUCUGUCCUGGCUCCAGGGCCACCCCAAGUAGUUGCAUCCUGGUUACUUCUGCCUCUCAGGUGCCCCCAAAGAACCUUCACAGUGCCAGCAGGGCACCCCUGGCUUCUAUCCAGAUCCCAUCGCUUUCCCUCGGCUUCUCCAAGAUUGUGCUCAGCCAAGCUGUUUCUGCAGACUCCACCCUGGCCUGCCAGCCAGCUUCACCUUCAGUUGGAGAAAAGAGGAAGGGAGCCAAGCUUCCCAAGUGCACACUGUUUCUGUAUGUUUUAUGAUGGCUCUUUAAAACAAAACAAACAAACAAAA